AAUCCACUACGUAAAAUGGCUUCAAAUCCGGAGGUUCCCGCGUUCACCACUGUGUUUCAAAAUUUCCCUCACAACUCUCGAUAAACUCUACAUAUAUCACAACACUUCACCCUUUCCAUAUUACCCCAAUUCACCGUAGCAAUGGGGAGCAAACGUAAACCUUAUAUGGCAGUAGUGGACUCACCCGAUUCAUUAGACUCUACUUUUGCUUCGUUAUAUAAGAAGUCGAAGAGACAUGUAGAAUUUGAAAAGAUUAAUGUACCUGUGGAAGGUGAUCCGAUUGAGUGCGAUGAUAAUUCUGUGGACGAUGAUUGUGAAGAUUCUGCUUUUGCUUCAGCUUCAACUUCGGUAAAUAAGAAGUUGAAGAGACAUGCAAAAGUUGAAAAGACGAAUGUACCUUUGGAGAAAGUAAAGGUGGAAGAUGAUCUGAUUGAGUACGAUGAUCAUUAUGUGGAUGAUGAUUCUGAAGAUUUUGCUUUUGCUUCAGCUUCAGCUUCGGUAAAUAAGAAGUUGAAGAGACAUGCACAAGUUGAAAAGUUGAAUGUACCUGUGGAGAAAGUGGCGGAGGAUGAUCUGAUUGAGUGCGAUGAUGAUUUUGUGGACGAAGAAGAAGUUGAGGAAGCUGUAUGUGAUAACUUGGACAAUGAUGAAGGAUCGUCUUCUGCUGAGAAGAAGAGAAGAGUUGUGCAGGUGAAUGAGGAGCAAGAGAGUGCGUUUUAUGGAGAAGCUGUUCCGGAUAGUGAAGCUAGAGAGCAAUGGCCUCAUCGCUACAUUAGAAAGGACAAGGGUAAAGCAACUGGUGCACCGAAGUGCUUGAAUCCUCAAGAUGAUUCCAGUCAAGUUGUCCAAGCUAUGUGCCAUUUUACCCAAGCAAUGGUUGACAAUCAAAUUUAUAAACUUGGGGAUGAUGCGUAUGUAUGGGCUGCAGAUGGUGAAGAUAAUUAUAUCUGCAAGAUUGUUGAAUUAUUUCAAGCUGUCGAUGGUGUGCGGUAUUUUACUGCUCAGUGGUUUUACAGAGCCAAGGAUACGGUCAUUAAAUCUCUUGACCAGUUUAUCGACAACAAGCGUGUGUUCUUAUCAGAAAUUAAGGAUGACAACCCUCUUGAUUGCCUUGUAAAGAAAAUCAAGAUUGUUCCAAUACCAUAUGAUGCAAGCUUACAACUCAAGGAAAGUUUUAAAUCAAAUUCUGACUAUUACUAUGACAUGAAGUACCUGCUCCCAUACUCAUCAUUUGUUAGCUUACCAUCAGAUGUUUCAAGUCCUGAUAGUGAAUCAGAUUCUACCAUAUCAAGUGAUAGAGAUACUGCAGAGGUCAAUGAAUCGAAGCAAGAAUUGAAGCUCUUGGAUCUCUAUUCAGGUUGUGGAGCAAUGUCCACUGGGCUGUGUCUGGGUGCUGAUAUUUGUGGUGUUAAUCUUGUCACUAAAUGGGCAGUUGACCUAAAUCGAUAUGCUUGUGAUAGCUUGAAAGUGAACCAUCCGGAGACAGAGGUUAGAAAUGAGUAUGCUGCAGAUUUCUUAUUGCUUUUGAAGGAAUGGGAGCAGCUUUGUGCAUCCUGCUCUUUGUUGAAACACAAUACCCACCCACACCCUUUGCUCAAAGAAGGCGAUGAAGAUGAGGAAGAUGAUAAUGAUGGUGGAGAUGAGGAUGAGGGGCUUGGUGAUGAUGAAGGAGGUGAAAUUUUUGAGGUGGAAGAGCUUUUACAAGUUUGCUAUGGAGACCCAAAGGAAAUAAAGAAGCCCGGCCUUUACUUUAUGGUACGUUGGAAAGGUUAUGGCCCGGAUGAAGACACUUGGGAGCCAAUAGAGGGCUUAGAUGGUUGCCAAAACAAAAUAAAGGGCUUUGUGAUCAAGGGCUUCAAAGCAAGUGUUUUACCGUUACCUGGAGAAGUAGACAUCAUAUGUGGGGGUCCUCCUUGCCAGGGCAUUAGUGGAUUUAAUCGUUUUAGGAACUCAGCGAAUCCUUUACAAGACCCGAAAAAUAAACAGCUUGAAGUAUUCAUGAGCAUUGUGGAGUUCUUGAAACCAAGGUUCGUAUUGAUGGAAAAUGUGGUGGACUUAGUCAAGUUUGCACAUGGUUUCCUCGGAAGAUAUGCCUUGAGCAGGCUUGUUGGAAUGAACUACCAAGCACGGAUGGGAAUGAUGGUUGCUGGGUCAUAUGGACUUCCACAAUUUCGUAUGCGUGUCUUCAUGUGGGGUGCUCUUCCUUCAGAGAAAUUGCCACAAUAUCCGUUACCCACAUAUAAUGUUGUUGCGAGGGGUCUCACUCCCACAGAAUUUGAGCUAAAUGCAGUAGCAUAUGAAGAGGGCCAUAGUUUCAAGCUAAAGAAAGAACUUUUUCUCGAGGAUGCACUUUCAGAUCUUCCUCCUGUGGAAAAUGAUGAGCGAAGGGAUGAAAUGGCAUAUAUUGAUGAGCCUAAAUCCGACUUCCAGCGUUUUAUAAGAUCAAGGAGGGAUGGUACUUUGGGUACUAUUUUGUAUGAUCAUCGGCCUCUUCAAUUAAAUGAGGACGAUUAUCAACGUGUAUGUCAAAUUCCCAGGCGAAAGGGUGCGAACUUUAGGGACUUGCCUGGGGUUCGCGUUCGUGCCGACAAAAUUGUUGAAUGGGAUCCAGAUGUGGAAAGAGUAUUACUCGCUUCAGGAAAACCUUUGGUCCCUGACUAUGCGAUGACUUUUGUUGGUGGUACUUCGUCCAAGCCAUUUGGUCGUUUGUGGUGGGACGAAAUUGUUUCAACAGUUGUUACGAGAGCAGAGCCCCACAAUCAGGCCCUACUACAUCCAUUGCAGGACCGAGUGCUUAGUAUUCGUGAAAAUGCUCGGCUGCAAGGUUUUCCUGAUUACUACAAAUUGAUAGGACCUAUAAAAGAAAGGUACAUUCAAGUAGGAAAUGCAGUCGCAGUACCAGUUGCCCGAGCUCUAGGGUAUUCUUUAGGGCUGGCAUUGAAAGGAUUAUCUGGAGAAAAACCCGUACUAUCAUUGCCACCUAAUUUUCCGUGUCUCGAAGAACUGGUCACCAAUGUGGAAUCUCUAGAUAAACUUUAGUUAUCUGUCCAAGCAGUUUAGGGGCUGGUUAUUCUAACUUUUAUCAUUCAUUAGUUUAAUUCAAGCAGUUUUUGCAAUGCAAGUUUUGCAUUAAAACUUAAUAUUUUUGUUAGUUGCAAAAUUAGGCCAGUAUCUAAGUUUUUGUAUGUGUCAUUUACUGCUGCAUUUGGAUUCACAGCUGAAUUGCUUUGGUGUAAAUGAAUGCAAUUGUAUUCAAUGGUAUAUGAUUUUUGAUUAUUUAACUUACAUGCAA